AUGGUCCGUGGCGACUUGGCGGACCGUGACGCCGUGAUGCGUGCUUGCGAGGAAGUCGACUGCGUGUUCCAUGUCGGCGGCAUGGUCGGUGUGUGGGGGAAGUGGUUCGACUACUUUCAAGCCAACGUCCAUGGCACGCUCAACGUCCUCGGCGCGUGCCGCGAGCAGGGCGUCACGCGGCUGGUGUUUACGUCGAGCCCGAGCGUCGUCUUUGAUGGCAAGGACCAGCGCGGCGUCACGGCCGACGUUCCUUACCCGACGCGUUGGCUUGCCCACUACCCGCACUCCAAGGCGAUCGCCGAGGAUUUUGUUCUUACGCAGGAUGGCAGCGAUGUCGCCGGUAGCGGCAUGCUGCGCACGACGUCGCUGCGUCCUCACUUGGUUUGGGGGCCGCGCGAUCAUCACCUCACUGCGCGGCUGGUGGAGCGCGCCCGUUCGGGGCAGCUCCGCCGCGUGGGGCCGGGGGGGAAUCGCGUCGACAUGGUCUACGUCGAGAACGCCGCGGAGGCGCAUCUGCUGGCCGCCGAUGAGCUCGACAAGCCCGAGCCCAAGAACGCCGGCAAGGCGUACUUCAUCACCCAGGCCGAGCCCGUCGAUCUGUGGCGGUGGGUCGACGAGAUCCUCGCCCUGGUGGACCUGCCGCCGGUGACGCGGUCGGUCUCCGCACGGGCCGCCUACGCCGCCGGCGCCCUGCUGGAGGCCAAGCACUGGUCCUCCCGCAACUGGCGCCGCGAACCCCGCAUGACCCGCUUCGUCGCCCGCCAGCUGGCGACCGACCACUGGUUCGACAAAGAGGCCGCCGCUGAGGAUUUCGGCUACCGGCCGCGGAUUUCGACAGCUGAGGGGAUGGAAAGGCUAGGCACAGAGGUCACCGAGAACGCACAGAGAGCUAACGUGUUGCGGACGCAUACCUGUGGCGAUCUCCGUCUGACCCAUGCCGGGACCACCGCCACGCUUUGUGGCUGGGUCGAUAGCUACCGCGACCACGGCGGCGGCCUCUUCAUCGACCUCCGCGACCGGUACGGCAUCACGCAGGUGGUGUUCAACCCGCCCGAUACGCCGGCGGCGAUCAUUGAGGCCUCGAAGGACCUGCGGGCCGAGUACGUCAUCCAGGUGACCGGCAACGUCGAGCCGCGCCCCACCGGCAUGGCGAACCUCAAGCACAAGUCGGGCGAGAUCGAGCUGCGCGUCACCGAGCUGAAGCUGCUCAACAAGUCGAAAGUGCCGCCCGUCUCGCCGAGCGAGUCGAUCACCGAAGUCCCCAACGAGGACCUGCGGCUCAAGCACCGGUAUCUCGACUUGCGUCGCCAAUCGAUGCAACGCGCGCUGAUCUUGCGUGACCAGAUCACUAAGGGGAUGCGCGACUACUUCGCCGACCUCGGUUUCAUCGAUGUCGAGACGCCGAUCCUCGGCCGUAGCACGCCCGAGGGCGCGCGGGAUUACCUCGUGCCGUCGCGUGUGCAUCACGGCAAGUUCUACGCGCUGCCGCAGUCGCCGCAGCUCUACAAGCAGAUCCUGAUGAUCGCGGGCUACGACCGCUACGUGCAGGUCGCCCGCUGCUUCCGCGACGAGGACCUCCGCGCCGACCGGCAGCCGGAGUUCACGCAAAUCGACCUCGAGAUGGCGUUCAUCGAUGACGACGACAUCAUGACGAUCAUCGACGGCCUGAUGCAGAAGCUCGCCAAGGAGGUGCUCGGCCUCGAUGUCCAGUUACCUUUGCCGCGGAUGACGUACGACGAGGCGAUGCGCCGCUUCGGCCACGAUGCGCCCGACCUGCGUUACGGCUGCGAGAUCACCGACCUCACCGACCUUGCGGCGAAGUGCGAGUUCGGCGUCUUCACGUCGGUCGUUGAAGCGGGCGGCCACGUGCGGGCGAUCUGCGUCCCCGGCGGGUCGAACCACUACAGCCGUCGCGGCAUCGACGCAUUGACCGAAUUUGCGAGAGGCCUCGGCGCCAAGGGCUUGGCGUACUUCCGUGUCGACGACGCCGGCAAGCUCGACUCGAACAUCGGCAAGUACUUCACCGACGAGCUGAAGGCCGAGAUGGCCGAGCGGCUCGGCGCCAAGGCGGGCGACCUCGUGCUGUUCUCAGCCGACCAGUGGCUCGCCACGUGCAAGCUGCUGCACAACCUGCGGAAGAAGAUCGGCGAAGAGAUGAAGCUGUACGACCCCAAGGCGAUGAACUUCUCGUGGGUCGUGCAGUUCCCGAUGUUCGAGCGCACCGAGGACUCCGACAACCCGCAAGCGGUCGGCAAGUGGUCGGCGAUGCACCACCCGUUCACGGCGCCGCUCGACGAGCACGUCGUCAAUCUUGAUAACGACCCGGGCAAGUGUCGGGCGAAGGCCUACGACCUGAUCAUCAACGGCUACGAAGCGGGCGGCGGCACGAUCCGGAUCCACGACCCCGAAGUGCAGUCGAAGGUCUUCGGCCUCUUAGGCAUCGAUAAAGAAACCGCCGCGGACCGCUUCGGCUUCCUGCUGGAAGCCCUCGCCUAUGGCGCCCCCCCACACGGCGGCAUCGCCCUAGGCCUCGACCGCGUCGUGAUGCUCUUCGGCGGCUACGACAACAUCCGCGAC